GUGGUACUCCUGGGCUGGAGGCAGGCGUGAAGUGGGGCCACAUCAGGGGGAACUAAGAGUACAGAGAACUGGAACUAAGAUGGUGCUGCUUACCCUCCACCCUCUUCAGCUAGCCAGGUUCUGCAGGACAGAGGAAGCAGCAGAACAUCAUUGACAGCCUACCUGAGCCCGAGCACUGCCUGAUGCCAUCAGUCUCUGGACUGGACUAAGGAAGCUGGGGGGCGAUGACCAGUGCAGAAUCCUUGCUAUUCACAUCACUAGGUCCCAGCCCAAGUUCUGGAGAUGGUGAUUGUAAGUUUAAUGAGGAGUUCAAGUUCAUCCUGUUGCCUGUGAGCUAUGCAGUUGUCUUUGUGCUGGGCCUGGCCCUCAAUGCCCCAACCCUUUGGCUGUUCCUCUUCCGCCUUCGACCCUGGGAUGCAACAGCCACUUACAUGUUCCAUUUAGCAUUGUCAGACACCUUGUAUGUGCUGUCACUGCCCACCCUCGUCUACUACUAUGCUGCCCGAAACGACUGGCCCUUUGGCACUGGCUUCUGCAAGUUUGUCCGCUUUCUCUUCUACUGGAACCUCUACUGCAGUGUGCUCUUCCUCACCUGCAUCAGUGUGCACCGCUACAUGGGCAUCUGCCAUCCACUGCGGGCAAUACGCUGGGGCCGCCCUCGAUUUGCAGGUCUUCUCUGCCUAGGUGUUUGGUUGGUAGUAGCUGGCUGCCUUGUGCCCAACCUCUUCUUUGUGACAACCAACGCCAAUGGAACCACCAUCCUGUGCCAUGACACGACUCUGCCAGAGGAGUUUGACCACUACGUAUACUUCAGUUCCACAAUCAUGGUGCUGCUCUUUGGCUUUCCCUUCUUGAUCACUCUGGUCUGCUAUGGACUCAUGGCCCGGCGACUGUAUCGACCUUUGCCAGGAGCUGGACAGUCAUCUUCUCGGCUCCGUUCUCUCCGCACCAUUGCUGUGGUGCUGUCUGUCUUCGCUGUCUGCUUUGUGCCUUUCCACAUCACCCGCACAAUUUACUACCUGGCAAGACUGUUGAACGCUGAAUGCCGGGUGCUGAACAUUGUCAAUGUGGUUUACAAAGUGACUCGUCCCCUGGCCAGUGCUAAUAGCUGUCUUGAUCCAGUGCUCUAUCUGUUCACCGGGGACAAGUAUCGAAACCAGCUCCAGCAGCUAUGCAGAGGUAGCACACCCAAGCGCCGAACAACUGCUUCCUCCCUGGCAUUGGUGACCCUACAUGAAGAAAGCAUCAGCAGGUGGGCGGACAUCCACCAAGACAGCAUCUUCCCUGCUUAUGAGGGUGACAGACUGUAACCCUGGGCACUGGAUAUGACAGGAAGGGGACUAACUGCAGGCAGAGGGGAGGGAGCUCCUUAGUGACACUUGAUAGGGGCAUCAGCCGUCCUCUUUUUAAGCCAAAGUUUGAAGUAGUUACUCCUCUGCUUCUUUCUCUUUUUCUGUCCCUUCCUGGGGCCACUGUUCCUGUUUCUCGAACCUCAGUACUCUUUGCUGGUUCUGCUUCCCUCAGGUGCUUCCACAGCAUGCGUUUCUCCAACCAGAGUAGUGAGUUCAACUAGAGGAGUGAAGAGUUGAGCAAUCUCAAGAUGGGCCCUGAUGUGUAUAAUGGAACAAGCCAGAACCAGGAAGCUGGGGUACUAGCAUAGCACAGAUGCCAUAUAAGUCACAUGCAGCACCCACACCCACUUCCUGGAUCCCUCUCAAAGACAAGAUAGUCCUACCUGUCAAGGUGCUGAAAUAGGGUACAGGGCAUGUGAGCCUGCCUCGAAGGACCCUACACACCUGCUUGAAGCCUGCUGGUAUUGAACUGCAGAGCAGCCAUGAAACAGAAUACUGCUCUUGGUUGCUGACCCUAAGGAACCUCCGGAGGCAGGGUCCAGGUUGAUAGCAGCCUUGGAAACAGGAAUAAGAUUACACCUACCUCUAGGACUGGGGAGAACACACUUGAUAGCUCCCACAUGUUUAAUGAGAGGAGGCAUGGACAGCUCGGACUGAGAAGGAAGAAAACCUCCAAGUUCUCCUAGCGAUAGGCAAAGCAGGUUUGUGCAGAACAGGGUGGUGACAGGAGUAGACGCCCAGACCUGGCUCUUUGCUGCUCUCUCCCCUUUUCUAGCUCUAGUUAGAUAAAGCAUAAAUAAACCUGUCACCAGAUCUUUUUGAAUCAGGCUAUAGGAUUUCAAGGCCAAGGUGGGGCACUCAGUUUUCCUACCUGUUCAGUCCUCUUGCCACAACACUUAUGGGUUUGGAGGAUCUGGUGGGUGUAUGGAGCAGAAGAAGCUAAACCCUGAGCUUGAGAAGUAAGAGUUUCUGGGCGGGCAUUCAUGAGAAGGGCAAUCUCUUUUCAGCCUCUUUUCCUAUGAAAGUCACCUGCUAGCCUAUUGGUCUUCUGAGUCAGCCCCCAACCUUUGCUGCUUUUUGUGAUCUCUUACUUAUCUACACAUACCAACUUCUUAUCGGCCUCAAGUGCUCUCUCUUGUCUGGAGUGUAGGGGACGGAGGUACUAGGCUACAGAGUGAAACAACUAAAUCAUAAUGCCCCUCUGCCUUUCUUUUUGUUCUUUAAAUAGAUCUCCCUCUCUUGGAGCACAAGUGUUCUUCUAUUAGAAGUAAAUUAA